AAAAUGCUCAUUUCACAGAAGAAAUAUUUUGCUUUUCGGAAGAAGAGCCCAACAAAGCGGCCCUGUUUCUUUUCAGCAAGAAAAGUAAAAAAAAAUCUUCCAAACCGACGAUGUACGCCAGGACAAACACAGGCAGCACACAUGGAGAUUUUCAGGACAGAAAUGGAGUGAACUACGUUUCGUCGACAGAGUCCUUCGGCCACUGCUCUCAAUUGUUCUGGAAAAAGGACCCGAACGAUUCUGGACCAAGUUCCACCAUCAGCUGGUGUGACCAGCUGCCUCCGUCCUCUGCGGCCCUUUCUAGCUCCAGUCUCUCCUCAGCGUCACUUUCUAGCUCCAGUCUCUCCAUGGAGUCCCGAGCACCCGCGCCUCCGCCCCCGCCGCCUAGUACGACGGCGUCAGACGACAUGGAGUCAGACGAGAGGCCGUACGUCUGCGACCUGUGUAACUGCGCCUACAAACACGCCAGCUCUCUUCUCAACCACAAACUCACCCACAAGACUGGAGACUUCAAGUGCGACUUCUGCAGCAAGCCCUACACCAACUACAUGUCGCUACGCAACCACAUGCGAAUCCACGGUCAGAAACGCUACAUGUGCGACCUCUGUGGGAAGGCGUUCCGGCUGGCGCGAUACCUGCGGAACCACCAGAGGAUACACGACGACGGGCCCAACCGCUUCGACUGUCCGUCCUGCUGCAAGAGCUACCGCACCAUGCUGGAGCUGGCCCAGCAUCGCUGCAGCGCCGCUGCCUCCAACCAGAACCGGUUCAACUGCCCGUCCUGCUUUAAGAGCUACAGAACCAUGCUGGACCUGGCCCAGCACCGCUGCAGCGCCGCGGCCAAAAACCAGACUGGCAAUCGCCGCUCCAAUUUCUCUGCCACUCCGCGCCGCCAGCAGCAUCAGAACAACAGCACUAACUCCAUGAUGCAGCCGCCGCACGGAGCACACAGCCAGCAGGAGGCGCUCCCUUCCCACUGUGUGGCAGCCAUGUCCCAGGGCGGGCCGGGGGCCAGCCAGCCGGUGGCGGAUCCUCACCAGGGCCGGCCCAGCUCCGUGUCCUCUCAGAGCAGCCAGCAGAGCAUGAGGAGCUCCUCCAGCAACAAGCACGUCCCCCCCCCCAGCGCCGCCCCCUCCUCCUCCUACUCCCUGCUCCAGCCCCUGGUGCCUGAGGUAAAGGAGAUGAACUCGGGAUACACUAGACUGAGCGCCAACCCCAUGAAGCACCAGGACACUUUCUCCCUGGCCCCCCAGCGGCCCCUCCCCACCAUCAACCCCAUAGGCCACUCUCUCCAUCCGAACGGCGCUCCCUCGCUCAAGCCUCCCCCCGUGCCACGGACCAUCCAGGCCAUGCCCUGGGAGCAGCGCUCCCUCUACAAUCAGUGAGACUCCUGACAGCCAAGCACUUCCUGUCGUCACCUCGGCCACCCAACAACACAGCCUCUUCUUCCACCCUGCCCCUUUCACAUCCAGCGUCCGACAUCCGGGAUGGAGGACGGAGGACUCCCGAACGGCCCGCCGCUUUCCGAACCUCUCCUUUUGGAAUGCUGUGUGUGGGAAUGGGGAAGGGCACUGUUGAGAACUAGUUGAGAUUGAUUUCUGAGUAGUUAGGUUGAAAACAAUGUGUUGCCUUGACCCUCAUGUAUGAUCUAUGCCAUGUACUGGAUAGAAGUUAAACUGUCUCCACCCUGACUCGCCCUGUUGGUAAGAAUUUAUCCCCCGUCCUUCUCUCCCCCAUAGUUAUGAAAAUAUCUAUCCUUCCCGUUAUGAAUAGUGCUCCCACACCCUCGCCCUUAUGUUGAAGAAAAUAAAAAGUCUUUUUUUUUUUUUUUUUUUUUCUUUUUUUUUUAUCUGGAGCCAAUUGCAAAUCUGGAACAAGAACCAAGUUGUUGUUAAAUGUUACAACAUUUUUUUUUCCCACCGGUCCAAUAUCUGUAUCUUUGUUGAAUGCAGUUUCUUCAAAAAAAAAAAAAAGGGGGAAAUGUUUCCCCCCCCCGUCUAACCUUUGACCUGCUGGGAAGAGAGUGUUGUGUAUAUUGUGCAUCAGGAGGUGUCGCCCCUCAGCACUCGCCUGUCACGUCCAAGCACAAAGGAGCAGCUGAAGACGUCUGCACUGGGAAUGACCUCUGUGUCCCGACCUGACUGUUACAGGGUCCAGCACCGUCGGCCUGCAGCCUCUGCAGUGAGAGACGGAGGUCGGCUCCUGAUUCAGAACCGACCAAGACUGAGCUCAGCAACACAGCCAAAACCCACUUUUCAACUUUAAAGUUAGUCUUUGUAUUUAUAAAAAAAAAUAAAGUAAGAAUAAUUUUGUUUUAAUAAAAUCAUGCGUGCGUCUCACUAUUCCCAGGAUGGAAUAAUAACUAGGUCUCAGUAAGCAGCCAAUCACGAUUGACUUACGUUAACUUUAGAGUAUUUUGUAAACUGUUGAAUUUGAAUAACGAUUCAUUCAUGGAUCCAGCAUGUAGUUAGUUUAUCUUGCUAACUUGACGGUUGUUGAAAUACCCACAAUUCUACUGUCAUUGUCUUUCCUCUUUUUAAAGUUGUUUCUGUUUUUAUUCCUGACAUGUUUUCAUUGUUGCUUUCUCUCUCCUUGUAAAGUGUCUUUGAGUAUUUAGAAAAGUGCUAUACAAAUAAAAAUGUUUUAUUAUUAUCA